ACUCCGCAAACAUUGAUGGCAGGAGUGGCAUAGAGAGGAGGUUCAGAGCGAGCAGACGACGGUUGACAGCAGCAGCAUCAACUGUGCGGUCUGGAGAUUCUCACCGAUGUUCCUCAAUUGAUAAUGCUCAGUCAAGAUUAACGAGGGUCAAUUUGCAUGGUGGAUUGGCUGAAUGGGAUGCCUUGGAUUGCAGUGUAGGUUUGGUGUGGCAGCGCGGCAGAGAGGAAGUGGGCCUUGGUGUGAGAAGCGUGCAGUGUGUGGGGAAGCAGCCCAUGUGACACAAGUCUCAGAGAUGACUGCGGCUUUUCUCUGUCACAAGUGAAGCAAUUACAAUCCUCUAAGCUGUCAUUAUCGAAGAUGUCUUGAAUUUUGCAUCUGCUUCAUUCAGUGGUUAGCUAUUGCAGUGGUAUGAAGCAGGCAGGCAGUGAAUAGUUUCAGUGAAAACUGGUUUUAAUGCCUUACAACUCGGCUCAAGCUUGCAGAAGAAAACUGACAGCUUUGUUGGAAGCAGACGGACUCUUCCUGUGUUUUUGUGCACUUCUUACCAUCCCUUUUUUCUCGCAGAUACUUGAGUGCACGUGCUUCCAGUAGUGGGGAUGAUUUGGGGAAAAGUAAUUUUCCUGUAAAACACAGCCUCUUCCUGGUAUAAUUGCUGCUGUGGUGCAGUUAUUGUAGCAAUCAAAUGGUAAUUGAAGACAGUUACCGUGGCGACUUGAACAUUGCCAGAGGACAUUGUGGCAUUAUAUAGUGUCAUCAACUGAAAAACAGAAGGAAUGGAGCAUUGUGGCACUUUACAAUUUAAUGUCUCCUUCAUGAAUAUUCAUUGGAAAUAUCUGCAAACUCCUUGAGGGUUGAUGGGAUGCUGUACUCAAGACAGAUUUUUAUGAAAAAAGUGAAUUGUUUCACAGAAAACCUGUUUGUGUAGUCAGCGCAGUAUUGACAAACUUUGAUACCAGACUAACAAGAGCGUCUUCAAAGACUGUGAAAAGAUUUUUAAUGUGAUAGCCUUCCUGUGAACAUGACCGCUGGCUGUUCUCUGAAUAUUGAUAAUCUUGACCUGGCCUUACCUCAAAUGGAAAGUUGAUAUAAUUUUGUAGCAAUUGGCUGAAUAAUUGGACUGUGCAUUCACGUGGCCCUCGAAAAGAAGAAUCAAUUGGCAGUAUUUGUGAUAUCAACUCUUAAAGACAAAACACCUUCGGGAAAUACGAGGAUAUAAUAGCCUUUCUUUUUAUUGUUGAAGUUUGGACAAACUAUUGCUGGGAUUGCGUCAGAGUUUGAAAAAACCCUGCAAUGAUCAUUUUGACAGCCUGUCUUUUAUCUCACAGAAAAUUCAGGCAAGCUUUGCGCUGACAGAAUCAUGGUGCCGUUUACGUCAUGCCUUUGCUUUUCGAGAAAUUGUGCUUCAAGACGAUGGCGUUUUGUCCGAGGCACGAUGACCCUUGACAUAGCAGAGAGUGACUCAGUUGCCGAUGAGAGACGGGGUGGAAUCUCAUUUGACAAGGCAGACAAAAAUGCAAUAUACGUUCGGACACUUGCUGAUGUUAAGAUGAGGGCGAAGCCCGAGAAGACGGCGCCCCUUGGGAAUGCCAAGUCGUCCAUUCUGGAGUCAGAACACAGGGUGCUUGAGAAACUUACCUUACCCGAGUACAAGAUGAGGUUUCGGUCUCGGUUCCUAAGUCUGCACAAGGUUCACCGUCGGCGCCGGCCAGUGCUGAAAGUGGUUGGACAGAACAAAGUCCUCCUGGACUCUCACUAUGGCAACCAGGCACAGUGUUUGCUGUUAGAAAUAGGCCACUGGGACUUCAAUGUCUUCAGCCUGGACACAUUGUCUGGGGGUCGAUCACUCUUCCAUAUUGCAUUCCAACUUUUCCAAAACUAUGAUCUCAUAUCGGUCUUCCAUCUUGAUAUUCUCAAGUUAAUGAGGUGUUUCACAUUACUAGAAAGUGGUUACCAUGACAACAAUUCCUACCACAAUGCUGUUCAUGCCGCUGAUGUGACACAGGCAAUGCACUGCUUCCUACAAGAACCCCAACUUCGAAGCUGUGUGACUUCUUUGGAGGUUAUGGUAGCCUUCAUUGGAUCAAUGUCACAUGACUUGGAUCAUCCUGGGGUCAAUAACACCUUCCUCAUUGCCACGGCUAAUCAUCUGGCUACAUUGUAUAAUAACUCGUCAGUGUUGGAGAACCAUCACUGGAGGUCUGCAGUUGGAGUGCUGCAGGAGACAAGAGUGUUUGACCAUCUACCCAAGGAUCAGUGGGACGCUGUUGUGAAGCAGAUCAAGUCUCUGAUUUUGGCGACGGACAUCACACGCCAGCAGGAAUUCCUUCUUAAAUUUAGAAGGCUUCUAGAUAAUGAAGAAUUUGACUACGAAAAUAACAUUGAGGACAGACAUUUCAUAUUACAAAUUGCCCUAAAGUGUGCCGACAUCUGCAACCCGUGUCGGAUGUGGUCCCUCAGCAAAGUGUGGAGUGAGAAGGUGGUGGAGGAGUUCUUUAAUCAAGGAGACACAGAGAAAGCUCUACACAUCCCCAUAACUCCAUUAUGCAACAGGAAGGCUAAUACCGUGGCCAAAAUACAAGCAGGUUUCAUGGAGUUUGUGGCCACUCCCCUGUUUAUGGAGUGGUACCGCUUCAUGCCAUCCGAUUUAAGUCGCAAGAUGCUGAACAAUAUAGCCAGGAACAAGAUCCAAUGGAAGAAGAUUAUUGACGAGGAAGCUCUUCAGGUUCAAGAGUCCGACAGUUCUUCCUCGAAGAAUGAACAGUCGAAUGAUGACCAGGAGCAGAGUGACGACGACGAAGAUGAAGAUGAGGAGGAGGUGGAAGAGGAUGUAUGCAGCGAGGAAAAUGAUGUCGUGGAGAACGACAUCAACCUCGCUUACCACUAUGACUCGGAGCAGAUGAGCGAGAGUGGGCGGAGUCUGUCGCCGGUGUCGGAGGAUGUUAAUGUUGUCAUUGCUCCUGGAAGCAGGAGACACAGCAUGCCACCUGUGUUCAUUCGAAGGGAUCUCAAUUUCUAUUUGGGAAUGCGGAGAGACAGCGGACCUAAGAUUCCCCUCCUCCGACGACAGAGUCUGCCGACGACAACACUUUUCAAAUCUACCUCAUCAGAUAUUACUGUUUCCCCGGCUAUUGUGAAGGAAGUUCGGAGUCUUUCCAUGGAAGCACUCAUGUCUCGGCCGAAAAUCUCAAAUCUGAGUCCGAGCAUUGAAGCUAGUAGACUAGCUAGUGGGUUAGAAUACUUGAACUUUGUGCCAUUGAAAAAUCAAACUUUGGUGCUGCAGAGAGGGAGUAUAACAAAAUUUACCUCUUCCCAACGAACAAUCAAUUCCUUGUCGGAUAUUACAUUCCAGUCGAACCGCCCACUCGAUAGGGAUGAUUUGAGAAUGCGCUCAGACACACUAAAAAAUGACAAAAACCUUCCAAAUGUUGGUCUUGCAUCGAGCUGGCCGACAAUAUCGCCAAAGGCUAAGAUAAUCAGUAAGGGUAUUCCAGGAAUGAAACUCCAAACAAACAUUUCAUUUCUUGCUCAAAAGGAGAAUGAACCAAGGGGAGACAACUGCGAUGUGAGUGCUGACAAUCCACCUAUAUGUCUUUCAGAGCACCAGCGCGAGGCUGCCCCGGGCCGACCUCAUUAAGUCAAACAUUUCCAUGUUGUUUCUCAUCUGUUUGUCAGUUUUGCACCAUUAUGGUUGUCAGUGAUCUUGAUGAAAAUAACCGUACCACUCUCAUUGUAUAAACCGUCUUUUUUACAACACAUCCGUCAAUGAAUCUGUGUAUGAUGUUGUUAGGAGUGCUUUUAUUAGCCCAUAUGAAGAUGAAGGUUUUGUCUUUCAUCAUUAUUGGAUAUUUUUUUGCAUAAACACAUACCGUCUCAACAAUUCAGGUCAAGCAAUGCAAAUGGAUAAAGAAUAUGUAUGAAUACUGCUGUUCAGUUCUAAACCUCGUCAGGUAGCUGCAGCGAUGUGCCAGUACCAACGUUAUAUUAUCUGAACUAUUAAUGCCAGUCUGGUAUACCAAAGUCCAGACACCUUGGAGUCAUGAUAUACUGGAACACCCUUCAUAUGUAUUUGUGUUCAUGUGGUAGCAUGUUUGCCGUUUAAGUACCCACUUUAAUAAGUAGAGCAGCCCUUACCCACCUAGACCUCCCUGCAAGUGAUCUUCGUAAUCGUUUAUUGCUGAAUAUUGUUGGGGUUAUUUUGAUGAAAUUGUGUGCUCAAUUUUCACUACACUUUCACUUUCCUAAAAAAUAACUUUUUUAUCAGUAAGGUUCAAUUUAUUUCGGUGAAAGUGUGUGGGAGCUGAUUGGCUGUUAUUUACCGUGACACUGACCAGAAUAACGUUAUUGUUGCCUCGAAAUAAUGACUGCCACUUGAAACAGCUAGAGUAAUGAGGUUUAUUCAUAGAACACUAUAGGUUGCAGAUUAAUUUCUUUCCAUCUUUUCACUGAAAUAUUAAGUAUAAUGAUAAGUGAUGAUGUGUGGCCUUGUUUACCAGGGUUUUACCAUGACUUGCAAAGGAGAGGGUCCAGGGGACCCCAAUAAUUAAUUUAAAGGGUCUUUCAGGCAAUAUGAGGGUCCUGUAAAGUAAUGAAAUGGUGUAGUGUACUGUACGUUUAGGUUAUUUCUUUAGAGCUUGGAAUGAAUCAGUGAUCAUGUGGACAGAGGUCAUGAUUGAUGGAUGAAAUAACAGACACCCAUAAUUGCUCUUUAUACGGUGUAGGUACAAUGAAUA